UGGAGAGGAGGAGGACGAACGAGCAGGCUGCGAUGUUUUCAAAAGGCGGCGAUGAACGUCACACUGCCGUAGGCUACGGUUAACGUCCGAGCUUUUUCCCCCUGUUUGCAAGCGGGGGCGGGUUGGGGUGGGGGGGACGAACGAACGAAUAACGGUUUCACGUUGAGCCACCCACGGAUGAGUCGACGGCAGCCAACGUUAUAGGUGCAUGAUGAACCCGCUGAGCUGUCGCAGCUAGUCUGAUGCCACACCAUGGCCAAACCUGGGAGCGACAGAGAUGGCGCCAUGGUGGAAAAGCAAGCGGGAAAGAAGUGCAAAGAGAAGUUGUCCCCCUUCACCAAAACGCCCAAGCUGGACCGGAGCGAGUUGCUGGUAAAGGACGGAAAAGUGAAGUCGUCCAUGAAACGCAAGCUAUCCUUCACGAACAGUCCACCCCGGGCUACGACGGAGGAGCGAGACUCCGACACCGAUGAGUCAGACCCAGGCCAGUGCGCUGAGACCUGGGGGGAGAGAUUAGCGGCCCCCUGCCGGACAUACGCAGAUAAGGAUGGACCAGAUAAGAAGAAGGUGAAAAAGGAGGCCAGUGGCAAGAAGUCCCAAGCCCCCAACCUUUUAUUUGGCUACCCGCUGUCCGAGCGCAAGCAGAUGGCUCUGCUCAUGAAAAUGACAGCCACCAGUCCAGAUUCCACGCCUAGCCACCCCUCGCAGACCACGCCUGUCCCAAAGAAAGUCCCCAGCAGCUCCUCGUCAAGGCAGAAGGACAAGGUCAACAAGCGGAACGAACGCGGCGAGACCCCCCUGCACAUGGCGGCUAUUCGGGGUGAUGCAAAGCAAGUGAAGGAGCUCAUCAGCUUGGGAGCUGAUGUAAACGUCAAGGACUUUGCAGGUUGGACACCACUUCACGAAGCUUGUAACCUGGGCUACUACGAUGUCGCGAAGGUGUUGAUAGCAGCUGGCGCGGAGGUGAACACGCAAGGUCUGGAUGAUGACACGCCUCUUCACGACGCAUCCAGCAGUGGUCAUAAAAAUAUUGUCAAGCUGCUUCUGCGGCAUGGUGGCGACGCCUUUCAGGCCAAUAAGCGCGGAGAGCGGCCAGUGGAUGUAGCCGACUCGAAGGAGCUGGAGCAGCUGUUGAAAGGAGAGGUGGUGCUGUCAGACCAAGAUGAUAGCUCUUCAGACUCUGAGGACCCACCCUCUGUCAACCCAUCCAGCAUGGAUGACAACAUGGACGACUCCGACACAGAGAAGGAUUCCGAAGCCAAAGUCAAGUCGUCGUCGUGCAUGCAGGACCUGGACGAAUACGAGUUCAAAGAUGAAGAGGAGGAGGAGGACUUGAGUAAAGCACUCAGUGACCGACAUAUCCUACGGCGAGAAUUACGGCAGAGAGAGAAAGAGGACAAGGAGUGCAACAACGUGGCCGGGAAGCAGAUUGCCAAGGGGGACACCCCUUCCAAGUGCAAGAAGCCGAAGAUGCCUCGGAUGCACUGCAGCUCGGACACAUCCAGUGAUGAGCGGGAGAGUCUCCCCGACAAGAGGAGCUCACCUACCUGUUCCCAGAGCUCAGAGGGCGUCAAGACCAAAAAGGAAUGCUGCGAGCAGAAAGACAAGGGUAAAGUCAAGAAGAAAAACAAGAGCCAGAAUAAAAAUAAAGAAAACCAAGAGGAUGGGAAGGAAAAUAGCAAGACACUUGUCCUCCAGUUGGCAACUGUAGCAGAGAGCACGGAGAAGGGCCGUGAGGAGGACUCCUUCAAGAUGUCCUUCAGUCCUAAAGAUGACUCAUCCGUACACCUCUUCCACUUGACAGCCAUCAAGUCGCCCAAACUAAACCACAGUAUGGCUGACAAGCACACCCCGCUCAAGCAGGAGAAUAGCUCGUGUCCUGCCGACACCAUCAAGUACAACCAUUACUCUGAUGUUGACUACUCCACGGAAGGCUCCAGCACCAAGGCCCACAAGCACAAGGAGAAGAGCAAGCAUCAUCAGAGGGAUGGCGAGCGUGAAGAUGGACGUGCCAGCCCUGUCAGGGAUGCCACUGUUCCAGACAGUACUGAGGUUUUAGUGCGCAAAACUGACCCCGACGGCAAAAUGGCAAAGAAGCAUAAACUAAAACACAAAGAGAAAGACAAGCAUCGGAGAGAGUAUGAGGCGGAGCGCAGCCGCCACAGGCAGAAAGACGCCAGAAGAGAUGGCCACAGGAAUCUGGAGUUUGACAGAGAAUUCUGGAAGGAGAACUUCUUCAAAAGCGACGAGACGGACGAUGUGCCGCCUGUGAAACGUGACGUGGAGGAGCACUGCUCUCUACAAAGAAUGUCUGACUGCUCCCCUUUCAAGGAGGAGAAAAAUGCUAAGGAGAAACAUUCCAGCGGCAAAGACAAACGGCCGAGGGAUGAGCGUGACAAGGACAAGGCAGUGAAAAAAGAGCGCAGGGAGGAGAGGCCUAGAGAGCGCGACGACAGAGGCGACGGCGGCGGGCGAGUUCCAGAUGCCGAGCUGCCGCAGAGCAACAGCGUAAAAGAGGAGACCGACGAGAAGCCCAUAACUCUUACAGCUGAUCAGGAACAUCUGGAGUCCCCGCGCGAGAAAACAGAAAAGCGGCUCCCUGGAAAAGAGAAAGAGCCGGAAAAAAUGGAGAGAAGGCACUCGGACAAGGAAAAAAAGCUCAAGCCAGAGCACACAGACAGAGUGGAACCACAGACUCAGUUAGAGCGCUGGAAGGAAAAAGAGCGAUCUGCAGCCGCUUCUUCUCACCUGCCAGGUGAUAAAAACUAUAAGGAGAGCGACAAAGUGAAGUCUUUAUCAUCUGCAAAGAAGCAUGAAGACAGUCGAAAGUGUCGAGACAAGCAGGACAAACGACUUGAUAGAGAAUAUAGCAUCACUGAUCACAGAGAAAAGGAUCGUGUUAGCUCAGAUAAAAAAGUUAAGCCUAUGGAGAAAACCUCAGAUCACGGCAAAUCUGAUCGCUCCAAAGAAAAAGACUGUGAACGGAAAAGAAAAGAGAAGCUAAAAGAUGCAAGUCUUUCCUCCAGUUCAAAUCUAAAAUUGCUUUUGGAAGAGAAGAAGCUUUAUCUCUCUGAGAGUGGCAAGUCUUCAUUCACAAAAUCCAAAGAGGAGGCAACAAGGACGCCAGAUAAAGAUCGGGACAGGAGGGAGAGGGACAGAGAUCUGGACAGGCACAAGGACAAGGAACGACACAAAGACCGUUCUCAGCAAACCAAGACUGGCAAAGGUAAGCCCAACGAAUUGGACGCUGAUAAGCCCAAGACUAAAACCUCUACUGUGGGAGCACGUGACGUCAGGCCGAAAGAGAAGCGCCUGGUGAACGACGACCUGAUGCAGACAAGCUUUGAGCGUAUGCUCAGCCUUAAGGACCAAGAGAUCGAGCAGUGGCACAGGAAGCACUUGGAGAAGAUCAAACAGAAGGAGCGAGAAAGGCUUAAGCAGAAACCUCUGGCAGAUGGAGGGAAAUCCAGGUCAAAAGACAGAACAAAGACUGACGCAUGCUUCAGCAAGGAGCUAAUACGUUCAAAAAGUUCUGACGCUUCCGACGCACACAACCGAGAGAAAUCCUUGAAGGAUGUCUCCAGCCUCAGGACUAUUUCUCUUGAUGGAAAAAGCCUGCCCUCCAUCGGCGCCAAAGUCAUGUCAGCGGUUGAGAACUGCCUGACCAGAUCCCCGCGGCCUGACGGUGAGCAAUGCAACCUCAUAUCUAGGUCUGUAUCCCUACUGUCUGUCGUCAGCUCUGAGGAUUCCUGCCAGGCAGCAGUGUUGACCCCCAAGCAGGUUGAAUAUGACUCUGACAUGAACCCAGAGGCGCUUGACAUCCAGCCCUCAUUCUUGCAAUCCUCCCUCGUCAUCCAGGCCACCAGAUUGCCAUCGGUUCUUGAAAAGGACUGCGUCGUGCUUCCAGAUGCGCAGCGGCAGACACUUCCCAGCAGACACGAAUCUCCUUACCUCAGGGCCAUUCUGGACGAGGAUGCUAAUGCAUCCAAUGAAUCCAGGGCAAGUAACAGUUUGCCUAAGUCCCAUGCAGAGGGUCCACGAAUGAGGGAAGCAUCAACCGAAAGAGACGAGGUAGGCAUCAUUCAACAAUGUUCAAACUCUGAAUCGGUUGAAGAGUGUAAAGAUACCGCCAGCAGUUCCUCACCAAUCAGAGAACCUCCAAGUCUCACCCUUUGUGGUAGUCCUGCAGUGGAAUCUUCAGAUGCCACUGUCAUGAGGGACAUACCCUGUCUGGAAAGUCCAACUUCACAAUUGGACGCUACCAGCAGGGACUCUGACCUAUUGUCGGCCUCUGUGUCUACAGAACCACCAAAACUCACAAAACCUGAAAUCCUCCAAACUGAAGAUUCUAUCCCAAUUAACAUUCAGCCAACAAUAUCGUCUUCAGCACAGCUUUGUGACCAAAAGGAAAAACCAUCAACCGCAGACAGCUCAGAGCACCAGAGUGCAGAAAAUAUCCCUGAAUGUGUCAACAUGGAGGACCGUCCAGUACUCUCCACUAUUGCGACUGAAUCCCUACCAAGUACAGAGUUCAAAUGUCCUCAAGAGAAUCAGGAUUUAAGACCCCCUGAUGUAGUCACCUGUGACAUUCCGAUGGAGAUGUUAGAGGAUGGGCCCAGCACAGCAAAGGAUCAAGAGAAGUGUGAUCCCCAGCAGAUCUUUGAGAAUCCUCAGACUUCUUUGCUUGAAGAUCAGCUGACUGAGUUUUCCUCAGAAUCCCACUCUGAGCCCAUGGAUGUGGACUCCUCAGACAGGAAGCCAGAGUCCUUGGCUGAACAAUCGAGCUUGGCGGCCAUGCAACCAGCAGGCAACAGUGACCUGAGCAGCAGCAGCAGCUGUAGUAGUAAUAGUAGUAGUAGUAGUAGUGGUAGCAGCAGUGCCUCAGGGAGUUCGUCCCCACAGUCCGGAGAGACGGAGUCUGACUGUUCCGACGCCAAACUCAAGCUCCGUUCCUCAGAUGAUGAUGUGGACCUGCACGUUCCGCACCCACGUAAAAGGAAGAUGCCCAAGCAACCCUCCUGCCAAGCAGGCCCAGCCCCGCAGCUGGACCAGGAACGGGAGAGAGGUGAGCCAAUCCAGCAACAGUCGCUCGCCGCCAUCGUGGCGUCGGUCAAGCUAGAGGAAAUUGAGCCUUAUCAGACUGAACGCGCCAACCCCUACUACGAGUUCCUCCACAUCCGGAGAAAGAUUGAAGAGAAGCGCAAAGUGCUCUGCAGCGUGGCGCCACAGCCGCCACAGUACUAUGACGAGUACGUCACCUUCAAUGGCUCCUAUCUCCUGGAUGGGAACCCGCUCAGCAAGCUGUGUAUUCCCACGAUAACUCCGCCGCCCUCAUUACCCGACCAGCUGAAGGAGAUGUUCAAGCAGCAGGAGAUGGUCCGCAUGAAACUGCGCCUGCAGCAUAGCAUUGAGAGGGAAAAGCUGAUUGUGUCCAACGAGCAGGAAGUCCUGCGUGUGCACUACCGGGCAGCGAGGACACUGGCAAAUCAGACGCUGCCAUUUAGCGCCUGCACUGUGUUGCUGGACGCUGAAGUUUACAACAUGCCCCAAGAAAUCCAGAAUGACGAUGGUAAAACAUCUGUGAGAGACCGAUUCAACGCCAGGCAAUUCAUGUCCUGGUUGCAAGACGUUGAUGACAAGUUUGACAAGCUCAAGACAUGCUUACUUAUGCGUCAGCAGCAUGAGGCGGCGGCACUGAAUGCUGUGCAGCGCCUAGAGUGGCAGCUCAAGCUCCAGGAGCUCGACCCGGCCACUUACAAGUCCACCAGCAUCUUUGAGAUCCCCGAGUUCUACAUCCCACUCGUGGAGGUCAACGAUGACUUCGACCUCACGCCCAUAUGAGCCUGCCAUGCCACGCCACACCACGCCACCGUCAUUACAACGGGGGUCAAAAUGUGAAGCACUUAAAGGGCAGUGCAGAGGAGAGCACUUACAACCCCGCCCUAGUGGGAUGCCGGUCCAGGAGACCAAAAGGCCCCAGUCGGCAGAGCGGGGUCCCUGGCAGGACGCCAAACGGGACGCCAGACUCUCCAGCACCAACACCGUGUCGUGUUAAGCAGGGUCUCUCUCACACACACGCACUCACACACACGAAUACAAAAUUUCAAAGUUGAGUGUGCAUACUUUUGUGUACAGAUUGUGCUCUUAAUUUUUUUUAACUUAUUUUAUACAUACAAAACCUUGUGCAUUUGUACAUAGCGAAAAAAACGUAAUUAUUAUUAUUGUUUUCAAAAGCGCUGUACAAAAAACAACCAACAAAAAAGUACUAGAUAUUUUGAUUGUAAACGUCUCCUGUUUUAAUGGACCAAAGUGUUUGUUUUCAGUGUGUUUUCCUCUUUGUCAGUGACGUCCUCGUGUGCUUUUUUCACUUUUUUAAUGUCUUUUUUUUUUGUUUAUUUGUUUCUGUUUCCCCUCACAAUUUGACACUGUGCAUGCUGUUUUUCGAAUCUCCCAAAUCCCACCCCAUGUGUACUUGCCUCCUCCUCGUGUGUGAGUGUGUGCGUGCAUGUCAUCCAACGUGUGCGUUAGAGUCCGUGGAGGAGAACGAGGGAGUCAAAAAAAAAAACUUUGACAGUUUCAACGUGACAUCACAACAAAAAGCUAUUUUUUCAACAUAACAAUGCCUUUUGCUGAACAAUAGUUCUAAAAAAAAUGUCUAUUUUAAUAUUUUCUUGUUACAUGACCUGUACAUACUUGUAAUAUAUAAUUGAAUAAAUUUUA